GACAGGCACUCGCUAGCCAUUGCGAACCGUGUUCGCCAAUGCGAUAGUGUUUUCUCGUUUAUCGUUCGACGAUAUCUCGGUCGGUCAAGCGAGAAGGAACCUUGGAUACGAAAUUUCGGCCGAGACCUUGAGACGAGCCGACUCGUUUCGUCAAAGUUGCUCGAGUCAGACGCGCUACUUGGCUUCCUUUGCGCCGGUUUCUCGCCACGGUUGUUCGUGCACUGCCGACCGACGUAUCGCGAACGUGAAAGAGAAAGAGGGAGAGAGAGAGAGAGAGAGGGAAAGAGCAGAGAGAAAGAGAAAGAAAGAGAGAGAGGUUUGAGAGGUUCUCUUUUCCUUUUUUUGGAUUUUGUGGUCGAUAGAGGGGAAGAGUUACGUAUCGAGGAAGAGUAUCGAAUUGUUUGGAUCGGAGGAGAGGAGGAGGGAGCCGAUGUUUGGUAAAAACAGGAAAAAAUAUCGGGUGAGACAGAGGGAUAGUUUCGUGGCAAGUUCAAGGCUGAGAAGAUUUGCGCGGUCGGCAAACUGGAUUCAUUGAGCGUGGACAAAUUGAGUGUCGAGAGUGCGUGCUCGCCUGGAUGAAGUUGCACCGAGCUACUACUGGAUGAUAGAGAGAUAGAGAAAUCGUUACGACAGACAGGUGGCUCGGAAGAGAGGAAAAGAGGUUUUCAAAAGUGCGGGGAAAGACUGAGACGUCUCUGUAUCGGAUUCACUUUACUCCAGGCUUUAACUGUCAACCGAUCUACCGAACGAAAUUCGACAGGAUGCCGCGACAGCCACUCCUUGAAUCUUGAAAUCCGAGGAAAGGAACGUCGAAGGAGGAAUGCAUGCCCUUGGAAAUUCCCUUUCUCCACGAUUCGAACGAUAAUAAUUUUCCCGAGUAUUAUAUACCAACAUCCUGCAAGGAACAAUCUUAUAAUAUAUAUAUAUAUAUAUAUAUAUAUAUAUAUAUAUAUAUAUCGAGGACGAAUUGAAAUUGAUAGAAAGAGGGGUGGAGGCUAUCUUCGAGGAUUAGGUCCUGCUACGACGCAAAAGAAAAAUAUUGGCGGCGAGGGUUGCCUGUAUACGUCAACAAAAGCGGCGGCUGACUGCCGAUCGACUUUCAGAGCUGUUUCCGUAAGUCACAAAAAAUGGCUUUAAUAUGGUAUAUUGGGAUUAUCACAAUCCUAGUUAUAGACAAAACACAGGCAGAUUUUAAGGUUUCAACUCAAGAUUUAACUGUUCAUUUAAAUAGUCAAGAAUCAUUUGAUUUGUACCUGACGGAAACGUUAUCUGAAGAUGUAGUCGUAAAAUUUGAAGUACAACAUCAAGAUUUAGUUCAUAUAAAUCCAGAUGAAUUAAAAAUUAAUAAAACUGAUUUCCCGAAGAACUGGUCAAUAAGUGUAAAAGGUCUCAAUGCAGGACACUCAAUUGUUAGUGUUAAUGUCAUACCUAACAAUGUUUUAAAUUUUUCAGAUGCAUUUGUUAGAGUGACAGUUGAAAAAUCAGAUAUACUUUAUCACAUAAGUAUUGUAGUAGGAUGGUUUUACUUUCUAGCUUGGAGUGUGAGUUUUUAUCCACAAAUAUACAGUAAUUACAAACGCAAAAGUGUUGUAGGAUUAAAUUUUGAUUAUUUAUCAUUAAACUUAGUUGGUUUUAUUAUGUAUGCACUUUUCAAUUGUGGUCUGUUUUGGAUACCAAUAGUUGAGCUUGAAUAUUUUAAAAGAUAUCCAAAAGGUUUAAAUCCUGUACAAGUGAAUGAUAUUUUUUUCGCAUUGCAUGCAACAUUUGCGACUGUGAUAACUAUUAUUCAAUGCUUUAUUUAUGAGAUAGGAAAUCAAAGGGUAUCUACAACAGCACGUAUUAUUCAUGGAAUAUUUAUAGUUUUUAUUUUAAUUUCUAUAAUAUUAGCUAUAGCAAAUGUAAUAACGUGGCUUGACUUCUUAUAUUAUUGUAGUUAUGUUAAAUUGAGUAUAACGUUAAUUAAAUAUGUUCCACAAGCAUUUUAUAAUUAUAAAAGAAAAUCCACUGUUGGUUGGAGUAUUGGUAAUAUAUUUUUAGAUUUUACUGGUGGUAUGUUAUCAAUGCUGCAGAUGAUACUCAAUGCAUAUAAUUACGAUGAUUGGGAAAGUAUUUUUGGAGAUCCCACAAAAUUUGGUUUGGGAUUCUUUUCAGUAGCAUUUGAUAUAUUUUUUAUUAUACAACACUAUGUUUUGUAUAGAGUAGAUAAUGAGAAUGCAAGAAGUACCGAAAUACUGCAUAAACAAGAGAAUUCAUAUGACGAAGAUUCGGGGCGAUACCUAAAAGAUACGUAUUGUUGUGGUGUCCUAACUAGAAAAUUAUAAACAAAUUAUAAUCUAUGAAAUUUCAUUUCAAUAGAAAUGAAAAUUCAGAGCUCAGUAUUUAAAACAUUUUAAUACAUAUCGUUAUUGUAUAACGCUAGAUAUACAAAAUUUACAUUCCAUUCAAAAUUUUGUAAUAUGUUUUUUUGUAAAUGAGAUUAUUUUAUUUUUAAAUAUUUUAACGAAUCUCAGUUGGUUGUUUAUUGUGCAAUAAAAAAAAAUCCUUGUUUAA